ACUAGAUCUAGAUCUAAAUCUAGAUCUAGAUUUAGAUCUAGAAUUAACUCGAUCUAGAUCUAGUCUACAUUAUUAGUUAUUAGAAUCUCGACUCUAGAGUCUAGAGGUUGACUUGAAGCUGGAAGUUCAGUUUUGAAAUUGAAGGCUGAAGUCAGUGAAGGAGGAUCAUUCUCUGGAUUGACGGAGGCAUUUUUUGGGGGAAAUAUGGCCUCGCAGAAGAAAGUCAUUCGAUCUUGUUUGCACAUGCUGGCCAGUGGUCACACAAAGAGAAAAUGCUUGGCAAAAAUAGAAUCCAUUUCAACAAGUUGUAUAAGAUCUAUAUCUGGGUCACAAGUUUAUCAAGCCAAAGAAUUUGCUUUUGAGAUGGCUUGCUCCAAUAUACGAUAUGGUGAAGGAGUCACUAAGGAAGUUGGCAUGGACUGUAAGAAUCUUGGAGGGACAAAUGUAUGUGUAAUGACUGACUCCAACCUGGUCAAGCUGCCCCCUGUCAAAGCUACAUUGGAAUCUCUGGACAAACAUGGUGUCAGAUAUAAACUUUUUGAUAAAGUUCGUGUUGAGCCUUCAGAUCAGAGUUUAAAAGAAGCCAUAGACUUCUGUCACGCUAACAAGUUUGAUUUGUUUGUGGCUGUCGGAGGUGGCUCUGUGAUGGACACGUGCAAGGCAGCCAACUUGUUCAGCAGCAAACCAGACGCAGAGUUUCUUGACUUUGUCAACGCUCCCAUUGGGAAGGGGCUGCCUGUGAAGCAUCCACUGAAGCCUUUGAUAGCAAUUACCACAACUGCAGGAACAGGAAGUGAGACUACAGGAACUGCUGUCUUUGACUUUAAGAAGAUGCAAGCCAAAACAGGUAUUUCCAGCAGAUGUUUAAGACCUACUUUGGGUAUCCUUGACCCUCUACAUUUACUUACCAUGCCAGAAAGGGUAGCAGCUUACUCAGGGAUAGAUGUAUUAUGUCAUGCCAUAGAAUCAUACACAGCAAUGCCUUAUUAUGAAAGACAAGGUCAAGAAGACCCCAGCUUUCGUCCAGCCUACCAGGGAAAUAACCCCAUUAGUGAUAUUUGGUCUCUCCAGGCUCUCAGGGUUACAGCCAAGUAUAUCAAACGGGCUGUGUACAAUACUGAUGACAAAGAAGCCAGAUCUUCCAUGCUCUUGGCUAGUUGUUUUGCAGGCAUAGGCUUUGGUAAUGCAGGAACACAUUUAUGCCAUGGUAUGUCUUAUCCUAUAUCUGGUUUGGUGAAGAGUUACAAGUCCAAAGACUACAGUGAUGAUCACCCUCUAGUGCCUCAUGGUCUUUCAGUUGUAAUUACUGCCCCUUCUGUAUUUGAGUUCACUGCCCCUGCCUGUCCUGAGAGACAUCUCCAAGCCGCUGAAGCUUUAGGUGUUGAUGUACGCAAUGUGAAGAAGGCAGAUGCUGGUAAAGUUUUACGUGAAGUCUUGUUAAAGAUAAUGCAGGACAUAGAGUGUCCAGAUGGCAUUGAGUCUCUGGGCUACACUACAAAUGACAUUCCAGCUUUGGUUAAAGGAACAUUACCACAGCAUCGAGUAACUAAGCUAUCGCCUAGACCAGCAGGAGCUGAGGAGCUUACAGAGAUUUUGACAAAAUCCUUGAAAAAUUAUUGAUUCAAUGUCAACAUAUCAACAUACCAAUACAUAACAGCUCAUCAGGACAGUUGAGAUAAAAAUAGAAAUGUGUUUUUUCUUUCUCAUUUGAAAAUGUAUUUCUAUAUGAAUGUAAUGUUGCUUUUUUUUUUAACUCUUAAUUGGAGGAAAAUAACUUUCAUUUACUGAUUCCCAUCAUAUGUUAAUAUUAUUAUCUACCAAAAAUGUUGAGUUAUCUUAAAAUAUGGAUUUUAAAAAUUCAGCCUUAGAUCUCAUGUAUUAAAAAAAAAAUCCUUUUGCAAUGUAGAAAAUAAAAUGUAAUCAAGACUUGCCAGAUACAUCAAGAAUCUUUUUCAGAUACUGAUAUUUUUAAAGGGGAGAAAAGAAAUAAUGUUUAAAUGAAAUAAAUAAUAAUUAGGUUCAAAGAUUUUGGAAAUGUCCAAUAUUGUAUGUGGUUGUUCAUUCCCCUCCGUUCCUUGUUUAUGUUUUCACGUUCAAUGCAGACUAAGUCAUUGUCUGUCAUGGGUGGGCAUUUUCUUCCCAUUGUUUCAACAUAUCAUUAGUGUUAGCUAUAGAUUAUGUGCCAGAGUCUUUGUAAGAGUACUCUAAAAUCAAAGCUAUAUUGAAUAAUUUAUUUGAGAAAAAUAAAGCAAAUAAGGAUAGCAAUUUCUUUUUUUUUUAGUUUAUAUUCCAAUAGUACUUCCAAGUUUUUGAAGUUUUCUACCUUCUAUGUAUUCCCUUUAUUUAUUGAUGGAUGUAUAAUUAAAAUGAAUGGUCUAUAUUUGAUCACAGUCUAUGCACAAGAUUUAGUACAAAUAUAAUUUUCAUUAACCUUAGCCAGGUAUUACUUAAUGUAUUAUUCAACAAAUAAUACUGAUUCAUCAAUCCACUUUUGUUUUGUUGUGUUAUGAUGUCUAACAAUUUGUAAUGUUUAUAUUCACUAAUAUUUUUGUUUCUUUAUCUGAAAGGGUAUGAAUACUGAAGAUAUUAAUUACAACACAAAUGCUUUCCUUACAAUAAAUCUCCACAUCACAUCUAAAGACAGAUGCAUUGUUAACUCUUUUCUGCCUAACCUCUAAAAGAAUAUUUUUGAAGUGGGUGUCAUUCUUAUUGUUAAUGUUUAAUUUGGGUGUUGAAACAAAUUGUAAGUGCUGGGGACUAAAUAAAUACAAGUUCAGUAUUUUUAGCUUUUUCAUUAGUUAAUAUUUGUGUAGGAUAUCUGCUAGCAUUUAAAUAAGUUUUAUUACAUUUUUGGAGUGGGCAAUGCCACCUUUAUUUCAUAAAACAAAAAAUAAAGUUAUGGAUUAACUCAUGUCAUUAUAAUGUGUUUUAAAGUAGCCAAUUAGGAGUGAACACAAUUUUUUUUUUAAAGUUGCUAACUGAAAUGGUCAAGAAGAAACCAUAAGCAGUUCCAAGCAUGCAACUAUACCUUACUUUUUGUAUACACCAUUGACUCCCAACUUGAUUGCAAAUGAGAAAAAUAAGGGUGAUAAUAUUUAUUUCCAAUAUUUUUACAACUUGGAUGUUUAAAGUUCCAAGUUUCUAAUUGCUUUUUAGUUGGUCACAAGAUGGUUGUCCUACAUUUUGUUUUCAGACAGGAUUGUGUGCAACAUUUGUACUUAGCUUAAAGGGGAAAAAAAAUUACUCUCAAAGUCAUUUCUUAGCAACUUAUUGAAACACACUUUCCCUUCAAAAACUUCAUUAUAAUAAAACAUGUAAAUAUUAAAUUAGACAAGUUGUUAUAAAACUCAAAAUUUAGUAUAACUAAUUACAAGCAGGCAUAUUAAAUUUUUAAAAAUAUUGUUCAUUCUCACAAAAGAAAUACCUAUUUAGCAGAGAUCACUGCAGUUCAGAAAUGUUAAGUAGCUCUGUUUUUGAUGUUAUGAAUAGUCAUUAAGUACGCAGAUGACUUUCAAUAAAUUAAGAUUGUAAAGAAGUCAUUUAUCUACAACUGGUUGGAGCUUUUAAUGUAAGUAAUUUUUCUUGAAUGUACAUUUAUUGCUUUGAUUUGUUUGCAAUGUCUUUGAAAUUAGAGGUUUCCAUAUGUUUAUUAUAUAAAAGAUAUUGUUAUCACUUUACAAAUAUUUAAUGUUUUCAAACAUUUUUCUAUAUGGCAAUUGUUUACAAAUAUAAACAAUAUUUUUAUAUUUAUAUUAUUAAAUAUAUUUUGUACAGUAUUGGUUCUUUGUCUUGGCGAUGCUGCUGCAGUAGUCUGGCACAGCCCACUUGAGGGUGUUUAUGGUUCAGUAGUUCUAUUGUACUUGUAAUAAAACAUUAUGUGUGUAUCUCUUUAUCAGGUAGUGGAUUUGAAUGUCAUGGUGUAAUCAUAACAGACUUUGAGUGUUCAUUAGGCUAAUAUAUUUGAUAUUUAUUUACACUAUUUGUCUGUCUAUUAUAAAUCAGAUUUACUUUAAAGGUGAUUAUAAUAAAGAUGUUUACGAUUUGCAUUA